CUGCGCAUCAUUGGUCUUUGCGAUUGUCUCGAGCAAAGUCUCUUCUUUGUAGGUGAGUAUCCAGUUCUCUUCGAUAAAUCGAACCAGGGUAGAAUCACUACCAAUUUUGACAAAUUUGUAAAUGUGCUGAGGAAGAGUGGUCAGGAGGUAGUGAUCGAUGCAGAUUUGACCCCUUCUGAACGUUCACAGAUUGAUGCAUUCAACUGUUUCCUUCAGCAAUACAUAAGUCCAGCCGUGAUGCACACAUUCUGGGGCGACGAUUUGAACUACAACACGGUAACGCAUUACUGGUUCUCCUCCCGAUUAUCAUUUCCUUACAAUCUUUAUUAUCUCGAAAAACGUCGAAAGCGAAUUCAACGUUUGCUGUCAGAGAAGAGCAUUAGCUCCAUAAUGAAAGACGGAUUGCAGGCUUUGAAUCUGCUGUCAUCAAAACUUGGGGACAACAAGUUCUUCUGUGGAAACAAACCCAGUUCGCUUGAUGCUUUGGUAUUCGGCUACCUUGCCCCGCUUCUUCGUCUUCCGCUCCCGAAUGACAGACUACAGCUUCACUUGAGGGCUUGUCCGAAUCUUGUUCGAUUCGUUGAGCAGGUGGCAUCAAUAUACCUCCCUCCAUCCGAGGAACAAUUGAGGUUACAAAAGGCUGAGCGCAAGAUGUGGGAGACAAGAUUGCAAAAAGCCGAAAAACUAAAGGAAGCUGAAAAGGUUGCGUCAGCAGAAGCAACGCUGGUACAGGAAGAUAUGCCACUACGAGACAGUAUACUAUUCGGACUGGGCGCUAUCACCCUUUCGCUUCUUUUUGCUCUUCACUCUGGUAUUAUUCAGGUAAAUUUG